AUGGCAAAGGAGGAAGGGUCUCAGAUUCAGUCGGUCGACGCGGAGGUUGACCAGAGCCUUGGUACCGAGCCUGAAGCAAUGGAGAAGGGCACUGCUGAGCACAUCAAUCUGAACAACAAUGUCACUGCCAAGAUCAAGAAUCCCCUUGCCGACUUGACUCCUGCUCAAGUGAUUCAUGAUGUUGAACAGUUUGCUGAAGAGUUUCAGUUGACUGAGAUUCUUUCUAAUCUGAGAAAGGGUGCUCUCGUGGCACGCGACCCUCAGAUGUAUGCUUCUGUGCCUGAUAUGACUGAUGAGGAGAUUACUGCCGUCCGCAACGAGACAGCACACAAGUGGAGACAGCCUCGUGCUUUGUACUUCAGCAUCGUUCUCUGCUCCAUUGGAGCUGCUGUUCAGGGAUGGGACCAAACUGGUAGUAAUGGUGCCAAUCUCUCCUUCCCCGUUGCUUUGGGGAUUCCGGAGAAGGGUCCCGAUGCCGCUAGAAACCAGUGGCUUGUUGGUCUCAUCAAUGCAGCUCCGUUCAUUUCCAGUGCCUUUCUCGGUUGCUGGCUGUCUGACCCUGCCAACAAGUAUCUUGGUCGCCGUGGCGCCAUCUUCAUUUCUGCUAUUUUCUGUCUUCUUUCCCCGAUCGGGUCAGCCUGUGCUCAGACCUGGCCCCAGCUUUUCGUUACCCGUCUCUUGCUGGGGCUGGGUAUGGGACUCAAAGCGGCCACUAUUCCCGUGUUCUGUGCUGAAAACACCCCGGCUACUAUCCGUGGCGGUCUUGUGAUGUGCUGGCAGCUAUGGACAGCUUUCGGUAUUCUCCUUGGUUGCUCGGCAAACCUUGCUGUCAAGAACACAGGCGAUAUCUCGUGGAGACUUCAGCUGGGCUCUGCUUUUAUCCCAGCCGUACCUUUGCUUCUCGGGGUUUAUUUCUGUCCAGAAUCCCCUCGUUGGUACAUCAAGAAGGGCAAGCUUCGCAACGCAUAUCAGUCUCUGCGUCGUUUGCGCAAUACCGAUUUGCAGGCUGCACGCGAUCUGUACUACAUCUAUGCUCAGAUCAAGAUCGAGCAGGACAUUUCUGGUACGGGUAAUUACAUCAAUCGUUUCGGAGAACUGUUCACUAUUCCCCGGAUUCGGCGUGCCACCCUUGCUUGUUUCACAGUAAUGAUCGCACAGCAGAUGUGUGGUAUCAACAUUGUCGCCUUCUAUUCGUCUACUGUCUUCCAACAGGCAGGGGCCAGUGUUACCGGGGCUCUUUUUGCCUCCUGGGGAUUUGGUCUUGUGAACUUCCUUUUCGCCUUUCCCGCUGUGUCCACUAUCGAUACUUUCGGUCGUAGAACUUUGUUGCUCUUCACCUUCCCAAACAUGGCCUGGACCUUGCUGGCUGCCGGCUUCUGCUUCUACAUCCCGGAAGAGUCUACUGCUCACCUGGCAUGUAUUGCGCUUUUUGUCUUCAUCUUCGCUGCAUUCUAUUCUCCCGGGGAGGGUCCUGUUCCGUUCACCUACUCCGCCGAAGUUUUUCCACUGUCCCAUAGAGAGAUUGGAAUGUCCUGGGGUGUGGCAAUCAAUAUGGGCUGGGCUUCGGUCCUCUCCAUCACCUUCCCGCGCAUGCUUGCAGUGAUGACCCCAACUGGUGCCUUCGGGUUCUACGCGGCCCUUAAUAUCACUGCGUUUGUUAUGAUCUUCUUCUGGGUCCCCGAGACCAAGCAGCGGACUCUCGAAGAGCUUGACUACAUCUUCGGAGUACCCACAGCCAUGCACAUGCGCUAUCAAUUGUUCCAGGUGCUCCCAUGGUGGAUUAAUCGCUACAUCUUCCGUCGUCGCAGUGCUCACCUUGAGCCUCUGUACAAGCUCGACCACCUCGCGACCAGCAGCUAGGUUGCCAAAGAACGAUUUACAGCAGACCUGUCGACGCAUCUCGCAUUCAUCCUGCUCGAUCGAAUCCCCUGC